GCGCUACCCGCCCGGGGCGGGCUGUGCAAGAUGGCGUCGAAGCCGACUCGUACGGCGGUUGAGGAGUACCGGCCUAACCGCUUCGUUUCGUUGCCGGCUGAGCUCGACCCUGCCACUUAUGACACGUCGCCGGAGAAGCGCCGUGCCGAGGCCGAGCGCUUGGCCAUCCGCGCCCGGCUCAAGCGGCAGUACCUGCUGCAGCUGAACAACCCGAAGCCGCCCGCCGUCAUCGAAGAUCCUGCCUUGCUACGCUGGGACUAUGCCAGGACGCACAACAUCUACCCCACUUUCCGCCCGACGCCCAAGACGUCCUUCCUAGGAGCUGUAUUUGCGAUAGGCCCUAUCCUCUUCUGGAUAGCUGUCUUUAAAACUGAGAGGGAUUAUAAAGAGAAGCUUAUCCGAGAAGGUAAAUACGAGCGACCAUUCAGUGUUUUUUAAGUUGCUGGAAUCACAGUGCUGCUCUUGAGACAGAAGUAAAUAAGAUGUACUGUAUGCUGAUGUUUCUCCUUGAGAAGAAUAAAUCUUAAUUACUCCUCA